CUAAGCAAAACCAGCAGGACCACUGCUUCAGGUCUCUCAGUGACAACAGGGGACAACAAUAUACAGAUCUGUGCAACACUAAAAUUGUAGUAAUGGAACAAGGAAGAGGAGGGACUCUGAAGAUUCUGUUCCUGUUGACACUCUUUCUGCAAGACUUCACUGGUCAAUGCCAAGGGAUCGGACCAAGACGCAGCGUAGUUAUAAUUCAUGAUUCAGAGCAGCGGUCUGACCUGAGGAUUGUUCUGGUGGGGAAGACUGGAUCAGGGAAGAGUGCAACAGGAAACAGAAUUCUGGAAGGAGAUGCAUUUACAGCAAAGUCAUCUCCAGUAUCUGUGACUGUUCACUGUGAGAAACAGAGUGGAGUGGUGGAUGGGAGGAAGAUUGAUGUCAUCGACACCCCGGGGCUCUAUGACACAACAAUGUCUAAAGAAGAGAUGAAAAGUGAGAUAGAAAAGGCCAUCUACAUGUCAGUCCCAGGACCUCACGCCUUCCUGCUGGUGAUCAGACUGGGGGUGAGGUUCACAGAGGAGGAGAGGAACACUGUGAAGUGGAUCCAGGAGAACUUUGGAGAAGAAGCCUCAAUGUACACCAUCAUUCUGUUCACACAUGAAGAUCAACUGGAGGGGAAAUCAGUCAAAGAGUUUCUGGCCGAGAGCCCAGAGUUACGGAAACUCAUCAAUAUCUGUGGGGGCAGAUAUCACUCCCUAAUCAAUGACAAGAGAGAAGACAACACUCAGGUCACAGAGCUGCUGAAGAAGAUCGAGGAGAUGGUGAAGGACAAUGGAGGGGAACACUACAUCACUGAGAUGUACCAGGAGGCCCAGAGGAAGAUCGAAGCAGAAGCGCUGGAGAGGAGGAGGCAGGAAGAGAACAAGAGAGAGAGAGAGAGAGAGAGGACUGUGGAGGAAAUUCUAAUCAAGAUGCAGGAGGAGGAAGAAAUAAGAAGAAGAGAAGAGAAAUUGAAUGACUGCAAGUGGUAUGCCAGUACGGCUGCAUUGGGGUUGGGAGCCAUGCACAGCUCUCCAUGGUCCUUAGCAGCAGGGGCUGUAUUAGCCGCUGUUAAAGGUUAUGAAUGCUGGGGCACCUAUUUCAAAUCAGGUAGUUCCACCUCAGAAGACCAGGAGAAAUAAGAUUUCCACAUCCAUCAUCUCAGAUUGUUUUGAAGUUAAGAUGAAUUAUGGUGUUAUAUAAUAUACAUAGAAUGUGAUCUCUGAGAAAUUUAAUAAAUAAAUUAAAUUUAUUGUGCCCCAAUUUGACAUUUUAAUUGAUAGGAUUCAUAUACUAUUCAAUAAAUAUAGUACCCAACAUCUGAUCUGGAUCCAAUUUUUCCCCAACAAUGACUAAGAACAAAGAAUGGUCAAAAGCCUCAGAUCAGAUGUUGGGUAUUAUUUCACACUAAUGACUUGUUAUCUGGAGGGCGGCCAUUUGCAUCUCCCCAAUGGUCCUAAUGUGGAAUCUGUAACCAUGCCGAUAUCAUGGACUGUAAUGGUUUGAGAACAUUCCCAUUACCAGGCAACUCUUUUUGUUUAUAUUUACAACUCAGGUCAGGUAUGUUGGCCUGUAGAGUCCCUUGGGAAACCCAACUACCAAACCAUCCAAUGAUGGGAUUUAUAAAUAAACAAUCUGGGCUCCUGAAAGGACUGAUCUCUAUAACAUAAGUGUUAUAUAUGUGUUGGAGGAAAUUAUAGUUGAAAUGAUUAAUUAUGUAUACAUUAAUUAGAACCAUUAAUUUUAAUACUAUUAUGUUGUGGUAUGAGUAUGGGUUUUUGGUUAAACUAGGACUGAAAAUGUAGGUAAAACGAAUGAAUUGUCUGUACCCUGCGGGUUUAAGGGAGAAGGAGGGUAUAUCUCUUUAGACAGAUAAGAAUGUUCUUUGAUGUUCCAUUAGUGGAGAAGAGUAUAUCUUUUAGACAGAUUGGAAUGUUUGCUUUAUGAGGAGAGUAGGAGACAAUCUCCAGACCUGAAGACACUGCGCUAUUGUGUUGAUCGGAGAAAGUGUGAGAACUGAUGACGUCAUUUUUAUCUUCUCUUUAAAAUGUAAUGUUCUUUGUAUUUUGGGCCAGUACUCAUUAAGAAUAAAUGCUGAACUUGUUUUUAAGA